UCGAGCCAGCCGCAGCUCCACUGACUAACAGUUGGAUCGAGGGAGUGCAUGUCUGUGUGUGUGUGUGUGUGUGUGUGUGUGUGUAUGAGGAGGGGGGGGCGGCUGCGUUUGUAAGUCUGGGUUUAUGUAGAUGCUACUUGGGCUGCAACUGGAGCUGCUGCUGAUGCUGGUGAAUAAUGCAGACAGGGGGACGGAGUUUGGAUAGCAUGCAGGGAGCCAGAUUAAUAAUGCAUCCUGCCGGGUUACAGGCUCUGCAAUAGUUAGUUUUGCGGGAACCUGUAGCUGCCUACUGUCUGCCUGCCUUCUUGACUUAACUGACUCACCACCUACGUUUCCGCCUGCCUGCCAGGCUUUCUACUUUACUGGUGGACUGUCUGACAUACUCAGAAAAUGUCUCACUACCAUUUCAUCAAAUGUUGUUGUUUCCAGCUAUGUAAUGUCUUUCGUCAGAACAUGGAGAUAGACCAGUGUCUACUGGAGUCUCUCCCCAUUGGCCAGCGCCAGCGGCUGGUCAGGAGGAUGCGCUGUGACCAAAUACGGGCCUACUAUGAGCGGGAAAAGAGUGUUCAGCGUCAGCAAGGUGCAAUCAAGGUUCGAUCAUGGUCCACCCACCGCAAGAAGUACCAUGUCCGCUUCAGCCCCACCGAUGUCCUGCAGGAUGCUAUCAUUCGCCAUGACGAUAAAGAAGUGUUGCGUCUCCUGAAGGAAGGAGCAGACCCCAGCAGUCCCAUUUCUUCUGGGGGAUCCUUGCUACACUUGUGUGCUCGCCAUGACAAUGUCUUCGUGGCCGAGCUUCUGAUUGAUCGAGGCCUGAAUGUCAACCUGCAGGACGAGGACCAGUGGACAGCUCUGCAUGUAGCGUGUGUGUGUGACCAUGCCGAUGUCGUGCUAUUGCUACUGCUGACCGGAGUGAAUGUUAUGCUGCAGGACGUCAACGGAAACAUUCCUCUGGACUACGCCUCCGAGGGAACAGAGAGCAGCUACAUCCUCAGAAAACACCUGGAGGAAAAUGGUGUGGAUGUGUCCUCCAUGCAUACCAUGAAGACACAGAGACCCAAUACCAUGUUGUCUGAUGUUAGACAGCUUGUAGCCACAGGCGUUAGCCUCAGCCAGCCCAACAAAGAGGGGGUCACUCUGCUCCACAUAGCAUGUGCCAGUGGUUACAGAGAGGUGGUGUCUGUGCUGCUGGGGAGUGGAGCGGACCCCCAUCCUGCUGACGACAACUUUUGGACCCCUCUUCACCUGGCUGCUAAAUAUGGACAGACAAGCAUCGUUAGCCAGCUCCUGAGACACGGGGCGAACCCGACUCUGUUGAACUGCAACCAAGACAAGCCCUCAGGCAUCGCUGCAUCAAAGCCUAUAGCUGACAUGCUUCUGAACGCAGAGGAGAGCUGGCUGCAGAGACUGAAGGACCCCUCCGCUCCUCUACCCCCCACAGACCAACGCUACGAUGGGGGAUCACACGACCUCACCACACCUGUCAAAAACCUGAACCCCUUGGGUCUCUCUAUCUCUAAGCGGGACAGUCUGCUUGAGAAAUCUGCCAUGUUCAGAGAGGCAGGUGGAACGCUGUGCGGACAGCAGUCCCAGGAUAAUUGCCUAGAUGGCCCCUUUAGCUCUGGAGGCAGCAAACUGGAACAGGUCAAGCUGAUGCCUCCGGCCCCUAAUGAUGACUUGGCCUCACUCAGUGAGCUGACUGACAGCAGCCUGCUCUAUGAGAUGCAGAAGCGCUUCGGCAAUGAUCAAAUUUAUACGUUCAUUGGACACAUCCUUCUGCUGGUCAAUCCAAAUAAAGAGCUGCCCAUCUAUUCCACUUUGGUGAGUCAGUUGUACCUGAGCUCCACAGGUCGUCUCUGCUCCUCUUUGCCCCCUCACAUCUUCUCCUCAGCAGAGAGAGCUUACCACAUGAUGCUGCAGGAGAGACGCCCGCAGUGUUUCAUCUUAAGUGGUGAAAGUGGAUCUGGAAAAUCAGAGGCAUGCAAACACAUAGUGAGACACCUGACAGCCCGCUCCAGCGCCAAAGGCUUUGCACUGGAUCCCAGAAUGAGACACGUGAACUGUAUUCUGGAGGCCUUUGGUCAUGCAAAAACCCAAAGGAACAUCAGCUCAAGCCGCUUUAUCAAGUUGUUGACCAUUCAAUACUGUGACAAGAGGAGGACACCGCUCAGAGCCCGUGUGUACACGUACAUGUUGGAGAAGUCUCGUCUGGUCCAGCCGGCUCCACACCAGCACAACUUCAACAUCUUCUAUCUGAUGGCUGAAGGCCUGUCCCCUGAGGAGAAGAGCACACUUUACCUCAACAAUGUCCUGGCUCAUAGGUAUCUUAGUGGAGGAUUUCCAGGGGAGAGCCCUCCAGUAGCUAAAGCCUCUACCCAGAGCAGGGAACGCUUCGCAGCAGUCAUACAAGCCCUGCGAGCCCUGGGCUUCAACAAGCAGGAGGUUGACUCAGUGUUCACGCUGCUAUCCGCUGUGCUCCAUAUUGGGGACAUACGUUUCACCGCAUUGACAGAAGCCGAUACAGCCUUCCCUUCUGACCUGCAGCUGUUGGAGAGAGUUGCUGGAUUGUUGCAGGUGUCCGCCAACGACUUAAGCACCGCCCUCACAUCUGAUGUCCAGUACUUUAAAGGUGAUGUGAUCACUCGCCGCCACACUGUAGAGAUGUCAGAACAGUACAGAGACCAACUUGCCAAGGCCAUCUAUGGACGCCUCUUCAGCUAUCUGGUCAACAGUAUCAACCACGACCUUCAGGGACAGAAUGACCACAUUGGCGAUCCUGCCCUGGAAAUUGGGAUCUUGGACAUAUUUGGGUUUGAAGAAUUUCAGAGGAAUGGAUUUGAGCAGCUGUGUGUGAACAUGACCAAUGAACGGCUGAGGCAGUACGUCUCUGAGGUGCUAUUCCAGCAGGAGCAGGCUGAGUGUCUGCAGGAGGGCAUCGCCAUGGAGACCCCAUGCUCCCACAGCAACCAGUCAGCCGUUCUGGACUUCUUUCUUCAGAGGCCUCAGGGACUUCUGUGUGUGCUGGAUGAGGAGAGCCAGAGCCUGCGGCCAGUAGAGCAGACCCUGUAUAAGAGGCUUUCCAUCCAGCUGGACUCCAGUCCCGUUCACGGCCUUUCUCUCACCACCAAGGAUGGCAAUGGAAACCCCCCACCUCAAGAUCAGGGCCCAGCCUUCAUUGUCUGCCACUAUGCUGGACAGAUUUCAUAUGAUCUCACGGGAUCAAUCACAAGAAACAAAGACCUCCUUCCUCAGAAUCUGUUGUUUACGAUGAAGUCUAGUGAGAGUGUGUUAUUGCAGCAGCUCUUCCAGUCCAAACUGACUCAGACCGGGUCGUUGGUGCCAGCCUCUCAGGGCCGCAUGGGACAGAGGGGGCCUAAAGCUGCCCUGUUACUCGACAGGAUGCCAUCAGCCUCACUUUUUACUGCCAACUCCGUCCCCCAACAGCCUCGGCGGUACCAUGACCUUACCAAGAUCUUGAAGAAGAAAGGCUCGAGCUCAUUCCUCCAGAGGCUCGAGCGAUGUGGGCCCAUCACAGUUGCCGUCCAGCUGAGGAACUCGCUGUCAGAGGUGAUCAGCAAACUGCAGGCCUGCACGCCUCACUUUGUGGAGUGUGUCCGCCCCAACGCCUGCAGUCAGCCAGACAGUUUUGACAGCCUCCAUGUGUCGACCCAGCUGCAGUACAUUGGGGUGCUUGAGAUGGUGCGCAUGAUCCGUUAUGGAUACCCCGUCCGCUUGUCCUUCCCAGGCUUCCUCAGCAGAUAUAAAGACCUUGUGAUCCCAGCUUUGGCAGACAAGAAGAAAUUGUCACCAGAGGAGAAAUGUCGCGCAGUUCUGCAACAGUCCAAACUCCAGGGAUGGCAGAUGGGCAGCAGUAAAGUCUUUCUCAGAUACUGGCAGGCAGACCAGCUUAACGAUCGCUGCUACCAGCUUCAUAAAAAGAUCAUCACCUGUCAGCGAGUGGUGCGUGGCUGGCUGGCCAGGCAGCAGGUUCAUCGCAUGCUGUCGUUACAGCAGAAAGACGAGAGCAGUUUGCAGCGUUUCCUGCAGGGAGCUGAGGACAAGGGGCUGCGAACCUAUGACCAGCUGGUCAUUCAAAAUGCAUCCGACAUUGCACGAGAGAGCGACCGUUUGCGCUGCCACAGCAACAGCCUUCGCAAUACCAUUGGCAACAGUCCACCACUUGGUGAGAGGCCGGAGCCAGUGGGGAAGGAAGAGGAUCAGCCUGUUAGGAGGGUUGUUGAGAAAGGUGGGAAAGUCCACGAGGGCCUCAUCAAUGGGGGCGGUCGAGUCAUUCGCCACUUUCGGUCCAGCUCAGUACCCAUCCCCCUCGCCAUGGAGAUUAUGGUCCCUUUAUCUGCCAGUCCACCCAUCAAACCAGUCCUGCAGCAGGUCACUCAUGCCAAUGAGGAUGGGGCAGGCGGGGGGAGCCUCUCAUCUCCUCGGAAGCAACCUCCUCCCAAACCAAAGAGGGACCCCAACACACGUCUGAGUGCAUCUUAUGAAGCGGUUAGUGCUGGGCUGAUGAUGGCAGCUAAAGAGUGCCACACUCCAGAGGGCUACUGUUCACCAGCUGGAAGCCCCCCUAAGUCCCAGCUGUCCCCCACAGACCCUGCAGCCUUGUCCAAGCCCCGCCCCCACAGUGAUGACUACACCACCAUGAGGAAGGUACCACCCCCCAAACCAAAGCGCAGUCCCAACACUAAGCUGACCGGCUCGUACGAAGAUAUCACUGCUGUGGCGCCCAGACUCAGCCAGCUGCGUCCUGCUGAUGUAAAGCUGGCCUUACUGUCCCGUGGUGGUGGAUUUGGAGGGUUUGGGGGUUUUAUGCAGAGAGCAGCCUCCAUUGAUGCUCCACAAGGGGUGGCGCUGAGCCUGUUCCAGGGUCAUGAUGAGGAGGAUGUGUACAUAGAAAUGUUGGGCUCCCAGCCACGGGCUCGGAGCCUCCAGGAGCCGCCUGACAGUCCAGAACAGGCUUCUGACUCAGAAGCUGUCUACGAGGAGAUGAAGUAUUUCCCUCAUGAAGAUGGUGGACCUCUUGCCACUGUGAUUACCAAGGCAGCGAAACUGGAGGCUUUAGGCUUGGGCUUGGUGGGAUUAGUGACGUCUCCUCCUCAGAGUGGGGAGACUAAACGUGUGGCAGGAGGGCUGGCUGCUUCCAUGGACAUAGCUUACUCACACAGCACAUCUAGUAGUGUCGCUAACAAAGGUCAACAUGGCAAAGAUGGCAGCUGUGACAUCCCCGCUCCCUUUCCCAACUUGCUGCCGCACCGCCCACCUCUCCUGGUGUUUCCCCCUUCCCCCGUCACCUGUUCCCCUGCUUCAGACGAGUCACCCCUCACCCCACUAGAGGUAAAAAAGCUGCCAGUGUUUGAGACAAACCUGAACUAUGCUACUGGCCCAGACAGCCCUUUGUCUCCUCAGUAUGCCCGCCAGAGGGCUGACUCCUCCCCUAGCCUCACUGUCCUGAUGCCAGAGAAGAAGCCUACACCUCCACUCACCCCUCCACCUCCACCUCCUCCACCCAGUGCACCCCCUCCUCCCUACAGACCCCCUUCACACUUCCCCUUCCCCCCUGAGGCCAACUUCCUGUCUCUGACACGAGCAGCAUCUGUCACUGGGGGCUCGGACUCUGCCAAAACGUCUUCACAAAGGGCAGUGGGGGAACCCCUUGGGAAGCCACCUCCCUACUCCCCAGUGAAGAUGUCUCGUCCCGAGCCUCGGAGAGCCCACUCGUGCUCCUCCUCUCCACUGCUGUUCAACCCAGCCAAUGGCAGACCCUUGACCAGUCCCCUGGAUGAGCUCAACACCCUGUUCAGCUCUGGACGCAGCCUACUGAGGAAGUCCACAUCUGGCCGGAAAAAGAGAGAUGGAGGAUACAAUUCUAAUAUAAACCUGCCAGGGAGGGAAGAAUGUGGCUCCGCCCCUAACUCGCCAUCCCUGCCCCUACAGGACAAGAAUGCCAACAACCACCAUCCCCACUCCUCAAGCUCCGCCCCAUUGGAGAACGGCAACCAGAUUUCCAACGGGUCGCUGGAGGAUGAGAGUCACAGCAAGUUAAACUCUUCCAGUUCCAGCUCCAUGCACAGACACAUGGACAGCCAUCACACUCAGGUGUUCCAGAGGCUACGUUUGUCCAAUGGCAAUGACAGCUCCGCCCUGGGAGAGCUUCUGCGAUGGCGGCGAGGGCAGUGUGAGGGGCGGGGCAACUGGAAGCAUCGUCCACCUCAGUCCCCGCCCCUGCCCCCCACGCUGCUCUGGACCAAUAGGAAGGCCUCUCCGUGACAGAGGCUGUGUCUCUUUCUCUUCAACCACCCUCGCACAUGCUCUUUACGUUUUUUUUUCUGUGGACCAAGUAACCUGAACACCCAGAGACUGGGCUGAAGCUCCGAGCCCCAGGGCAUGAGCCGAGUCUCUGGGCUGAAGGUCCUGCCUCUUCGCCUUUGACAUUGACUGUGGAGAACGCCCCAACCUAUGAAAUAGAAGCUCAGCACUGUGUGACACUGAGAGGUGUAAUCCAUGAGAACUGAGUGGAGCGCACACACGGUAGAGGUUCACUGGGAGCUUGGGGUUAUUUUAUGAUCAAAUAUUUUACUAACAAAAAUUAUACAGAUGAUAUUAUUUACCUCAGGUCUUCUGAGAUAAAACCUAUGAUGUCCUUCGAUGGAUGUAAGAGCAGAGCAGCAGCGUUUUUGUGGUCACAUAUGAAAUGAGCUAUAUCUUCAGUCAUGAUUCACUGCUGCACAUGAAGGAGCUUCACCCAAAAACAUGGUGCUGAUUAUACUUAAUGCUGUUGUGUAAUAUUCCCAUGAUGUGUGUGUGUGCACCCCCUGAGUCUCCGACCUCUCUAACGUUUACAAGUCAGCAGACACCGUCGGACUCUUCCGGUUUUUAGCAUCAGAGUACUGGCUUCGACGAGGCACCGUUUUCAGGUACACAGAUCUCACUUAGCCUCUCACGUCCAGGCUCGAAGUGAAUACUACAGCCCUGGCAACGUGUGACCAGGGGUCAGGGUAACCUCAGUAAUAUCCCAUGGUGCACUUCUCCUCCCCAUUGUUACCACCAGCCUUUGAGGAACAAAGUGCAAAGGACUGCACUUACCUUUCUAUGAGAAUGGAUCCAUCAUAAACACCUGAAGGUAAAAUAACAGAAGUUAAGCAGUGAGGUAUAUAGUUCAUGUUGUGAACAUGAAACUUUGUGCCAAAGUGAAACAACUAAUGAAAGAUAUGUCUAAAAUAACAAGUAAUUUAAAACCUGAUGUGUACAGUUGCCCCCAUAUAUGUACAGACUGACAUAAAUGACCAAAUCACAGGUAUUCAGUGACGACAGUUUCUAAUUAGAAACAAAUGAAAUGUUGAAAAGACGGGACAGAAAAAAUUCUGCUCUUGAAAAGUAGCAGCUCAAAUCUCGUGUGUCAUCAGCAUCUGAGCAGUCCACUGUGUCGGGUGUUGUUCAGGAGACUGU